AUGGAUUACAGCUCGUUCAGCGGAGUGCCCCGGUUCCUGACCCGGCCGAAGGCGUUUAUGGUGUCUGUGGGGAAGGAUGCCACCUUGAGCUGCCAGAUCAUUGGAAACCCCAUCCCAGUCGUGAGCUGGGAAAAGGAUAAACUUCCAGUGCAGUCCGGGGGAAGGUUUAAAACCACAGAAGAUGGGGAUCUCUAUCGACUAACGAUCUAUGAUCUGAGCCUGGAGGACAGCGGCCAAUACAUCUGCCGGGCCAAGAACACCAUCGGGGAAGCUUUCGCAGCUGUCAGCAUCAAAGUCGGAGAGGAGACCACGGUAACGGAGUCAGCCCCGUACUUCAUCCAGAAACCCUCCUCCAUCAAAGUAACGCUGGGAGAAGACGUCAUGUUCAAAUGCAAAGUGCAGGGCAGCCCUCCCCUCUCGGUGAACUGGGAGAAGGAUGGGAGGCACCUGCGGAACCGGGCAGACGCCGGCCGCUUCCAGAUCGAGUCUGCCGGCGAGUCCAACGCUCUCACCAUCCAGUGCGCCCGCCUGGGGGACAGCGGCACCUACACCUGCCGCGCGCAGAACCCCGUCGGCUCGGCCAGCGCUUCGGCCGCGCUGCUGGUGGAAACGCAGGGCCCUCCCAACCCGGGCAGCGGCAGCCACCUCGACGCCAGCUGCGGCAAGACGGCGUCCUUGCUGUCCCACUUGCAAAAGAGGCGGGAGGAGAUCAGGAAGAUGGACGUCUCCCACGGGACUCUCGAUGCCACGUCUGCCCAGUCUUACUCGGUGGCAGAGGGGUUGUCGGGCAUCGGCUACAGCCUGUCCCGGGACUACGAGCGGGCGGCGGGACUCGCCUCCAAAGGGAGCCGCAACGCGACCUUGGGGGCGCUGACGCGCACGUGCAGCGUGACGGAGGGCAAGCACGCCAAGCUCAGCUGCUACGUGACGGGCGAGCCCAAGCCGGAGAUCGUGUGGAAGAAGGACAACGAGGUCAUUUUGGAAGGGCGGCGGCACGUCAUCUACGAGGAUGAUCAGGAGAACUUUGUGCUGAAGAUCCUCUUCUGCAAGCAGGUAGACAACGGGCUGUACACGUGCACGGCUUCCAACCUGGCGGGUCAGACGUACAGCUCCGUGCUCGUCACAGUCAAAGAACCCUCAAUCCCCUUCAAGGAAAAACUGAAGGAUCUUGAAGUGAGGGAGAAGGAAUCUGCCACCUUCCAAUGUGAAGUGCCUGUUCCUAGUACAGAGACAGCUUGGUUCAAGGAGGAAACCAAACUCCGGCAGAGCAAGAAAUACAACAUCGAGGAGGAGGGCACGUACCGCCGGCUCACGGUCCAGAACGUCACCACGGAUGAUGAUGCUGUCUACAUCUGUGAGAUGAAGGAAGGCAGCAGGACCAUUGCAGAGCUCUCUGUCCAAGGGAACAUCAUUAAGAAGCUUCCCCGCAAGACCGCAGUGUUCCUCAACGACACGGCCAUCUUCUGCGUGGAGCUGGAGCAGCAGUGCCACCACAGCCGCUGGCUCAAGAACAAAGAAGAAGUGAAACCCAGUGACCGAAUCUCCAUCACGUGCUCUGGCAAGCAACACACCAUGAUCAUCAGAGACUGUAAGAUGGAAGAUGCUGGUGAGAUUGCUUUCCUGGCUGAGGAAAGCAGGACUUCGACCCAGUUCACUGUGACCACUCCCAAGAAACCUCCCACACAACCCCCAACCGACCCUGUGGUGAAAAAUAAAACAGAAACCUCAGUGACACUAGCAUGGUCCCCUCCAAAGAUGGACAGACCCAUUCCCAUCGACGGCUACGUCCUGGAACGCAAGAAACUAACCGGCUUCACCUGGGUGAGGUGCCACGAGUCUCCUGUCCCUGGCCCAGAGUUCACAUUGAGCAACCUGUCAGAAGAGGCUGACUAUCAGUUCAGAGUGUCUGCAGUCAACACCUAUGGACAGAGCCCCUACCUGGACUUCCCAGGGAGCAUACACCUCGAACCAGUCCUGGCUGUGAAAACCCCCCUGACAACCGUUGAAGCUGUACCUGGAGGGAAUGCCCUGCUUACUGUUGACCUUACAAAGACAUGUUCUGGCACUUGGUACCUUAAUGGUAAAGUCUUACAGGAAAGUGAGACCUACGUCAUUAAGAGAACCCAAACUACUCACACCCUAAUCAUAAAGAACAUCACCAAGAAUGAUGAUGGGGCAGAAGUGAAGUUUGUUGCCAAUAAUGUUGACACCAGCACCAAGAUAAGAGUGAAAGGCGCUGCCGUGAGAUUUACCAACAAGAGCACAGAUAUAGAAAAAGUCUCUGCUCGGCUACGGGAGGAAGCCAAACUCCAGGCUGAGCUUUCAGACACAGAGGCUACUGUGAAGUGGAUGAAGGAUGGAAAAGAACUCAAGGCCAGUGAAAAAUAUGAGCUUCAAAGUGUGGGAAAGAAGCGCAUCCUGAGGAUUCACAACACUGCAGCAGAGGAUGCUGGAGUGUACGAGUGCACCUGUGAAAAGGAUAAGAUGCUCUAUCAGCUUUCAGUGAAAGCACUUGCAAACUUCAUAAACAAAGAGAAAAGUGGAGGAGUUGUCAGAGCCAUCGCUGGAAAACAAGCUGAAUUUGUUUCUGAGACCUCUGAAGCCAACAUCAUGGUGAAGUGGUACAAAGAUGGCAAAGAAAUCACAGCCAGCAAGAAAUUCACCAUGGAAGAUAAAGGGAAGCUGCAUAAGCUUGUGGCUUUGGCUGUGGCAAAGGAAGAUGAAGGGACAUAUACAUGCAAAAUUGGAGAUGACACUCUCAUUUUUGAUCUAAAGGUGUCAGAUGAAGCUGUUAAUUUUGUCAAUAAGCCCAAAACAACUCCAGAAAUAUCAGUCAGUCCUUCUGAGAACCUUGAGCUGGUGUGUGAAGUAUCAGCUGCCAGUGGAGCCGUGGUGUGGAAGAAGGAUCAAACUGAGAUGAAGCAGGACCAGAGGACAACAGUCAUCUCCCAGGGGACACAGCGCAAGCUCAUCAUCAAGAAGGUGACAAGACAAGACCAAGGAAGCUAUACCUGUGAAACAAAGGAUGACAGAAUAACAUUCCAAGUUAAAGUCAGAGAGACAGAAGAUGUGUUUACAAACAAAGACAAGGUACAAAAGGAGGUGAAAGCUGCACUGACACAAAAUGCCACCCUGAGCUGCGAGGUGGCCCAGGACAAGACUGAUGUGAAAUGGUACAAGGAGGGGAAACUGCUGACCUCCAGCAAGAAGUUCAAGGUGGAGGCAGAGGGCAAAUCUCGUCGUCUGGUGGUGGGUCAGGUGGAGAAGAAAGAUGCUGGGGAGUACACCUGUGAGGCUGCUGGCCAGAAGCUGACCUUCAGGAUCAAUGUCACAGAGCCAGAGGAUGCAUUUGUCAACAAGGAGAAGGUGCAGAAAGAGGUGAAAGCUGCACUGUCAGAAAAUGCCACCCUGAGCUGUGAGGUGGCUCAGGACAAGACUGAUGUGAAAUGGUACAAGGAGGGGAAACUGCUGACCUCCAGCAAGAAGUUCAAGGUGGAGGCAGAGGGCAAAUCUCGUCGUCUGGUGGUGGGUCAAGUGGAGAAGAAAGAUGCUGGGGAGUACACCUGUGAGGCUGCUGGCCAGAAGCUGACCUUCAGGAUCGAUGUCACAGAGCCAGAGGAUGCAUUUGUCAACAAGGAGAAGGUGCAGAAAGAGGUGAAAGCUGCACUGUCAGAAAAUGCCACCCUGAGCUGUGAGGUGGCCCAGGACAAGACUGAUGUGAAAUGGUACAAGGAGGGGAAGCUGCUGACCUCCAGCAAGAAGUUCAAGGUGGAGGCAGAGGGCAAAUCUCGUAGUCUGGUGGUGGGUCAGGUGGAGAAGAAAGAUGCUGGGGAGUACACCUGUGAGGCUGCUGGCCAGAAGCUGACCUUCAAGAUCAAUGUCACAGAGCCAGAGGAUGCAUUUGUCAACAAGGAGAAGGUGCAGAAAGAGGUGAAAGCUGCACUGUCAGAAAAUGCCACCCUGAGCUGCGAGGUGGCCCAGGACAAGACUGAUGUGAAAUGGUACAAGGAGGGGAAGCUGCUGACCUCCAGCAAGAAGUUCAAGGUGGAGGCAGAGGGCAAAUCUCGUCGUCUGGUGGUGGGUCAGGUGGAGAAGAAAGAUGCUGGGGAGUACACCUGUGAGGCUGCUGGCCAGAAGCUGACCUUCAGGAUUGAUGUUGCAGAUGAUGCAUUUGAACACAAAGACAAAGUGAAAAAGGAGGUGAAGGCAGUGCUGAAGGAGAACAUCACCCUGAGCUGUGAGGUGGCCCAGGACAAGACAGAUGUGAAGUGGUACAAGGAGGGGAAACUGCUGACCUCCAGCAAAAAGUUCAAGGUGGAGGCAGAGGGCAAAUCUCGUCGUCUGGUGGUGGGUCAGGUGGAGAAGAAAGAUGCUGGGGAGUACACCUGUGAGGCUGCUGGCCAGAAGCUGACCUUCAGGAUCCAUGUCACAGAGGAAGAAGCUUUCAUCAACAAGGACAAGGUGCAGAAAGAGGUGAAGGCUGCACUGACACAGAAUGCCACCCUGAGCUGUGAGGUGGCCCAGGACAAGACUGAUGUGAAGUGGUACAAGGAGGGGAAACUGCUGACCUCCAGCAAGAAGUUCAAGGUGGAGGCAGAGGGCAAAUCUCGUCGUCUGGUGGUGGGUCAGGUGGAGAAGAAAGAUGCUGGGGAGUACACCUGUGAGGCUGCUGGCCAGAAGCUGACCUUCAGGAUCGAUGUCACAGAGCCAGAAGUUGUGUUUACAAACAAAGACAAGGUGCAGAAAGAGGUGAAAGUUGCACUGUCAGAAACUGCCACCCUGAGCUGUGAGGUGGCCCAGGACAAGACUGAUGUGAAAUGGUACAAGGAGGGGAAACUGCUGACCUCCAGCAAGAAGUUCAAGGUGGAGGCAGAGGGCAAAUCUCGUCGUCUGGUGGUGGGUCAGGUGGAGAAGAAAGAUGCUGGGGAGUACACCUGUGAGGCUGCUGGCCAGAAGCUGACCUUCAGGAUCGAUGUCACAGAGCCCAAACCUGCAUUUAUAAACGAGGAAAAGGUCCAGAGGGAGGUGAAAGCUGUCCUGACAGAAAGUGCCAGCCUCAGCUGUGAGGUAGCACAGGACACAACUGAAGUGAAAUGGUACAAGGAUGGCAGGCUGCUCGUUUCCUCUAGGAAAUUCAAAAUAGAAACUGUGGGCAAAACCCGGCGCCUGACUGUAGAGCAGCUGGAGAAGAAAGAUGCUGGAGAAUACAUCUGUGAGGCUGCAGGCCAGAAGCUGACCUUCAAGUUGGAACCCACUGAACCAGAGGCUAAAUUUGAACAUAAAGUUGUCCAGAAAGAGCCUCUCAUUGUUCAAGAACACGAAAGCAUCACCCUGACUACUUCAGUUACACCUGAAACUGCUGCAGUGAAGUGGUUCAAGGAUGGAACAGAAAUCAAAGCCAGCAAGAAAUAUGUGAUCAAGACUGAGGGGGCAUCCAGGACUCUGACAGUGAACGUGGCUGAGAGCACAGACACUGCUGUGUACACUUGCCAGACAAAGAGUGACAAGCAGGAAUUCAAAGUACAGGUGAAAGAAAUCCCUGUGAAGUUUGCCAAAAAGCUGGAAGCUGUGGCUGCUGAGAUUGGAGGCAGCGUGUGUCUGAGCUGCGCCGUGAGCCACCCCAAGGGGAAGGUGGUGUGGCGCAGGAACGGGGCUGAGAUCAAGCCCAGCAAACGCUUCCAGAUGCACGAGGAGGGGGUCAAACGAACCCUGACAAUAACAGGGAUCCGGGCUGAAGAUGAGGGAGAGUACUGCUGUGAGUCCAGAGAUGACAAGAGCAGCGUUACCAUCACCCCCAAAGCUCCCAGAGUGGUGAAAUUCAUUACAAGUCUCAUCAGUGUGGUCUCUGAGGAAGGAAAAGAGGCCGUGUUCAAGUGCACCGUCUCUCCCAGUGAUGCUGUGGUCACUUGGCUCAGGAAUGGCGUUAAGAUUGAAGCCAGCAAGAAGUAUGUGAUCUCCCAGAAGGACAGCAGCCACAGCCUCACCAUCACUGAUCUGACACUGGAGGAUGCAGCCGAAAUCUCUGCCAAUGCCGAGGGGGUAGAAAGCACAGCCAAUCUCCGAGUCCGAGAAGCCUCAAUCUCAUUCAAGAAGAAACUAGAGGCCAGAACAGUUGAAGAGAGAGACACGGUGAUAUUGGAGGUAGAGCUGACCAAAGCUGCAGAGGUGAAGUGGAUGAGGAACAGCAUCGUAUUGAAGCCUAGUGAGAAAAUAGAGAUCAAAGCUGAGGGAACAAAGCAUACCUUGGUGGUUAAGGACAUCUCCUUUGCAGACAGGGGUUUCUACUGCUGUGAGAGUCCUGAUGACAAGACCCAAGCCAAGAUCAACGUGGAAAUGAGGCAGAUCAAGCUGGUGAAAGGUCUUCAGCCCCGUGAAGUCUCUGAGAAGGGGACUGUCACCUUCGAGGUGGAGGUGUCACAUGAGGACGUGGAAGGGACCUGGCAGAAGGAUGGUGUUCGUCUGAAACCUUCACCAAACAUCAAUAUUGGUGUCCUGGGGAAGAAACAUUCACUGACUCUUUCUUCAGUGACUCUUGAAGAUGCAGGACUCAUCUCCUUCAAAGCAGAGGGCAUUCAUUCAUCAGGGAAUCUCACUGUGACAGAACUGCCUGUGAGAAUCAGCAAACCUUUGGUAGACACGAGUGUAACCCAAAAGGACAAGGUCACAUUCGAGUGUGAGCUGUCCAGGCCCAACGUGGAUGUGAAGUGGUUCAAGGAUGGGAAGGAGCUCCGGCAAAGUAAAAAAGUGGGGGUUGCUUCCCAGGGAAAUAAGAGAAGCCUCGUUAUUCACAAGUGUGAAUAUGAAGACCAGGGGACCUACACUUGUGAAGCAGCUGGAGACAAGACAUCAGCUACUCUAAAGGUUCAUGCCCGAGAUAUCAAGAUUGUUAAGCCACUGGAAGAUGUGGAAGUGAAUGAAUAUGAGAGUGCAUCCUUUGUCUGUGAGAUCUCACACGACGAGGUCCAAACCCAAUGGUACAAAAAUGACAACAAGCUGAAGGCUGCCGACAACAUCAGGAUGCGUCAAGAUGGAAAGACCUACUCACUGACUUACACCCGUGUCCAAGUGGAAGAUGCAGCAGAGAUCAAAUUUGUAGCAGAAAAGGCAGAAUCUCGUGCCCAUCUUACUGUCAAAGAGCUGCCUGUCAAAAUUGUGAAGCCUUUGAGAGAUAAGAUUGCUCUUGAGAAGCACCGGGGGUUCCUGGAGUGCCAGGUGUCUCGUGCCAACGCCAAGGUCAGGUGGUUCAAAAAGGACGUUGAAAUCCAGCCCAGUGGCAAAUACGAGAUGGUGAGUGACGGGGUCUAUCGGAAGCUCAUCAUCAAUGACGCAGAUUAUCAAGAUGAAGACACCUACACUUGUGAUGCCUUCGAUGACAAGAGCAGUGCUAAUUUCUUUGUUGAAGAGCAAUCCAUUAGUAUUCUAAAGGAGUUGUGUGAUGAGGAUGUGACUGAGCCUGAAGAAGCCAACUUUGAAUGCGAGAUAUCCAUUCCAUCCGUGAAACCCCCCAAAUGGUCUCUACGUGGACAAGUCCUCCAGGCUGGCAGGAACAUCAUCAUGCAGCAAGAAGGCACCAUCCACAGGCUGACAAUAGUGAAAACCAGCACUGAUAUGACAGGCCCCAUUCAAUUCUCCAUUGGCAAAUCAAAAUCCAUUGCAAACCUGCUUGUCAGAGAUUACCACAUACAGAUCACCAGGAAGAUGGAAGACAAGACAGCUCUGGAGCGCCACUCAGUCAUCCUGUCCUGUGACUUCAGGCCUUCCCCAAAGGUUGUGAAGUGGUUCAAGGGCCACACGCCCAUCGAGCCCUCUGAGAAGUACAAAAUCAAGAGGGAGCAGCAUUCAGCAGAGCUCAAGAUUUUGAAGGUGAAGCCUGAAGAUGCUGGAGUGUACAAAUGCAGGGCUGGAAGCGCAGAGACUGAAGCCACACUGACUGUUGAAGCCCGUGACGUGGAAGUGCUGAAGCACCUGCAGGACGUGGAAAUUGAAGAAGAGAGUUCUGCUGUCUUCUCUUGUGAGCUGAAUCACGAUGAUGAGGAUGUGGAAUGGUUCCUCAACGGCACCCUCCUGUACACCAACAAUUUCAAUGACAUCAGGAACGUUGGCAACUGCUACAUGCUGACAAUGAAGCAGGUCAAGCCUGAGGAUGCUGGCACGGUGACAAUGAAGUCAGACAAAGUGUCAGAGAGCGUGCGUCUGAAGGUGAUAGAGAAGCCUGCUGUCUUCAUGAAGUCCUUGGAUGAUGUUUUUGGUGAGGAGCGAGGUGUAAUUAAACUGGAAUGUGAAGUCUCCAAAGAGAAAGUCAAUCCUGUUUGGAAAAAGGAUGGUGUGAAGCUCACUUCUGGUAACAAGUACGAGCAGAUCCAGUCUGGGAAGACCCUGUGCCUCCUUAUCCAUGAUCUUGAGAAGACAGAUGCGGGUUUAUACACCUGUGAUAUUGGCACUGAUGUUGCCAAGUCAAAGGUCAGCGUUCAGGAACUGAACAUUGGCGUCACCAAACGGCUGAAGAACACCGAAAUCUAUGAAGGAGAAGAUUGCUCUUUUGAGUGUAUUUUGUCCCAUGAGAGCAUUGAUGACUUCAGCUGGAUGCUGAACGGGAGCAGAGUGGAAAGUGGUGGGAGGUUCAGAGCCUCUAACACGGGGAGGAAAUACACACUCAGCAUUAAAAACGUGAUUCCUGGUGACGCCGGCGAAGUUGUUUUCACUGCCCGUGGUCUCACCUCCAAGGCUUCUCUCGUUGUGAAAGAAAAACCUACUGAGAUUACAAAACAGCUGGAGGAUAAAACAUCAGCAGCUGGGCAGGACAUCAGCCUGAGCUGUGAGUUGUCAAGACCUGAUGUGAGCAUCAGGUGGUACAAGGACGGCAAAGCCAUCCGAAAAAGCCAGAAAUACGACUUGCACCAGGAGGGAACACGAGCCAUUCUCAUCAUCCACAAUUCCACAGUCAAGGACAGUGGGGAGUACACCUGUGAGACUGAAGUCUCUAAAACAACAGCCAGGGUCACAGUGCAAGAAAAACCUAAUUAUUUUGUCAAGGAACUCUCGGAUCUGAAAGUGGAUGAAAGCGGGACUGCAGUUCUUACGUGCCAGAGUGAGAAAGCUGCAUGCUCUGUGGUCUGGAGGAAAGGCAUGGCUGAACUCAGGGCUGGCAGGAAAUAUGAGAUUACACAGGAAGGACAAGUGCUCCAGCUGACCAUAAAGAACUUGGAGAAAAGCGACAGUGACACUUAUACCUGUGACAUUGGUGAUGCCCAGUCCAGAGCCAAGCUGGUGGUGCAAGGCCAGAAAGUGCUAAUAACAGAAGACCUCGAAGAUGUCACUGUGUUAGAAGGAGAAUCUGCCAUGUUCAAAUGCAGAAUCUCUCCUGUAGACUGUAGCAAAGUGCAGUGGUUUUUGGAUAAGACCCCACUCCAUACCAAUGAACUUAAUGAGAUCCAGUCUCGACCUGGUGGAUAUCACUUGCUAACGUUGAAAAAGCUCUCCCUGAAGGACUCGGGGGUCAUUACAUUUGAAGCUGGUGAUAAGAAAACAUCUGCCAGUUUGGUUGUUAAAGAAAGACCAGUUCUUUUCAAGAAAGAGCUCCAAAACGAAGAAGCUAAAGAAGGAAAACAAGUCAAGCUGACCUGUGAGCUCAGCAAACCUGAUACCCCAGUGAAAUGGAUGAAAGGAGACACUGUCCUCCAUGCCAGUGAGAAGUAUGAGUUUAAGCAGCAUGGCACCGUGGCAGAGCUCAUUAUCCGAGAUGUCAAAUCAAUAGAUGCUGGGGACUAUACCUGCAGCACUGGGGAACAGAAGACCACUGCUCAGGUGAAAGUAAAUGCUGUGCCUGUCCUGUUUAAGAAAGCCCUGGAGAGCACCGAAAUGGAAGAGGGGAAAUCUGUCUCCUUGCGCUGCGAACUCACAAAAGCUGAUGCCACUGUGGUGUGGAAGAAGGGAGAAGCCACGCUGCAGGCAAGUGCCAAAUAUGAAAUGAAGCAGAAGGGGACAGUGGCAGAGCUGGUGAUUCAUAAUGCAGAGCCAGAAGAUGCGGGAAGAUACACCUGUGACACUGGAGACCAGCAGACCACAGCCCAAGUCAAAAUCCAUGCUGUCUCUGUGCUCAUCCAAGAAGAGCUGAAGAACGUGGAAGCUGUGGAAGGUGGAGUGGCCACCCUGCGAUGCCGGCUGAGCAGAGAGGCCCCCGUGGAGUGGAGGAAGGGGCACGUUCCUCUGCGGCCGAGCAACAAGUACAGGAUGAGGCAGGAGGGCGUGGUGGCUGAGCUGCUCAUCCAUGAUCUGGACCCAAAGGAUGCUGGAGACUAUACAUGUGUAGUGGGGAACCAAAAAACCACAGCAGCCUUAUCAGUGAAUGCCCUGCCAGUCCGUUUCAAGACAGAGCUGAGGAAGGAGGAAGCGACGGAGAGCGGGACGGCCACGCUGCAGUGCGAGCUGAGCCGGGCCGCCGGGCCCGUCCACUGGAGGAAGGAUGGCAAGGGGCUGCAGCCAGGCAGCAAGUACAAAAUGAGGCAGGAAGGGCGUUUUGUUGAGCUGGUUAUCCAAGAUCUGGACCUGACAGACGCUGGGAGCUACACCUGCGUGUGUGGAGACCAGGAGACGAUGGCUGCUUUGAGAGUGAAUGCCUUGCCUAUCCUCUUCCAAGAAGAAAUGUCGAACAAGGAAGCUACAGAGGGGGAGACAAUCACUUUGCACUGUAAACUGAGCAAAUCAGCCCCAGUCGAGUGGAGAAAGGGGAAUAAAGUCCUCAAGCCAAGUGAAAAAUACAAAAUAGAGCAGGAAGGUCCCUUUGUGGAGCUCAAGAUCCGGGAUUUGGAUUUGGCAGAUGCUGGUGAUUACAGCUGUGUGUGUGGAGAUCAACAGACUACAGCUGCUUUGACAGUAAAUGUCCUGCCCGCUCUUUUCACCAAGGAGCUGACAGAUGAAGAAGCCACAGAAGGCAAAAGCGUCGGUCUGCGCUGUGAGCUGAACAAGGCAGCUGCUCACGUGGAGUGGAAGAAGGGAUUGAAAACCCUCAAAUCAAGUGACAAGUACAAAAUGAGACGCGAAGGGGUUGUUGCUGAGCUCGUAAUCCAGAACCUCGACACGGCGGACGCUGGGAAUUACUCCUGUGUGUGUGGAGACCAGCAGACUAUGGCAGCUUUAACAGUACAUGCUCUGCCUGCGUUUUUCAAAGAAGGAUUGAAGAACAGGGAAGCCACAGAUGGUGCAACAGCCACUCUGCACUGUGAGCUGAGCAAGGUCGGUGUCCCGGUGGAGUGGAGAAAAGGGAACAAGACACUCAAACCGAGUGAUAAGUACAGGAUGAGACAAGAAGAUACUGCUGCAGAGCUGUUGGUCAGAGAUCUGGAGGUAGAAGAUACAGGAGAAUAUACCUGUGUGUGUGGAGAACAGAAGACCUCGGCUAUCUUGACAGUCCAUGCUUUGCCUACGUUGUUCAAACAAGAACUCGUCGAUACGGAAGCCACAGAAAACGGGACGGUUGUUCUGCAGUGCCAGCUAACUAAACCCACUCCAGUGGAGUGGAGGAAAGGGCAAAAGGUGCUCGAGCCUAGUGAGAAGUACAAAAUGAGACUGAAGGAUACCACUGCUGAGCUGACAAUUCAUGGCCUGGAGGAACAGGAUGCAGGAGAUUACACGUGUGUGUGCGGGGAGAAGAUGACCACUGCGUCCUUGACAGUGCAUGCCCUUCCUCCACGUUUUGUGCAAGAGCUGAAGAACGUGGAAGCCACAGAAAACGGCACAGUCACUUUCUGCUGCGAGCUCAACAAGCCUGCAGCUGCUGUGGGAUGGAGGAGAGGAGACAGAGCCCUGGAGACAAAUGACAAGUUCACCACGAGAUGCGAGGGCACAACUGCCAAGCUGGUGAUCUGUGAUGUGGCUCUGACAGAUGCUGGAGAUUACACAUGCUGCUGUGGAGAUCAGAAAACCACUGCUGCCCUGAAAGUCAAUGCCUUGCCUGCGCACUUCAAGAAGGAGAUGAAGAAUGAAGAAGCCACAGAAGGUGGAACAGCCAUGCUGCAAUGUGAGCUAUCUAGGGCUGCCUCUGUGGAGUGGAAAAAGAAGCACAAAGUGCUCAAACCAAGUGAGAAAUAUACUAUGAGACAGGAAGGUGCUACAGCACAACUGCUGAUCCAUGCUUUAGAAGUCAAGGAUGCUGGGGAGUAUACCUGUGUGUGUGGAGGUGAAAAGACCACUGCAGCACUCACAGUGCAUGCCCUUCCUGCUCUCUUCAAAGAAGAGUUAAGAAAUGAGGAAGCCACGGAGGGUGAAGCAGUGACUCUGCACUGUGAGCUGACCAAGGCUGCUUCAGUGGAAUGGAAGAAGGGUGACAAAGUACUGAAACCUAGUGAGAAAUACAAAAUGAGGCAGAAGGAUGUCACUGCAGAACUGGUGAUCCAUAACCUAAACGAGAGUGAUGCUGGUGAUUACACCUGUGUAUGUGGAGAUAAGCAGUCCACAGCUUCCUUAGCAGUACAUGCGCUGCCUGCGCGCAUCAAGGAGAGCCUGAAGGACGAGGAGGUAACAGAAGGCCAAGCAGCCACUCUGUGCUGUGAGCUCAGCAAGGUUGCUCAAGUAGAGUGGAGAAAGGGAAGCAGUUUGCUCAAAGCCAGCGACAAGUACAAAAUGAGGCAGGAGGGCACGGUUGUGAAGCUGCUUAUCCAUGAUGUAGAACCGAAAGAUGCUGGAGAAUACACUUGUGUGUGUGGAGAACAGGAGUCAACAGCUGCCUUGAUAGUGCAUGCCCUGCCUGUGCUUUUCAAAGAAGAACUGAAGGACCUGCAAGCCGUGGAAAGCCAAACAGCCACUCUGCGCUGUGAGCUGACCAAGGCUGCAGCCGUGUCAUGGAAGAAAGGGAGCAAAAUGCUCAGGGCAAGUGAGAAAUACAUCAUGCAGCAGGAUAAUGCCCUUGCUGAGCUGCAAAUCUCUGACCUACAGCUGCAGGAUGCAGGAGAUUACACCUGCAUGUGUGGAGACCAAUACACCACGGCUUCUCUGACAGUGAAUGCUCUGCCAGUGGUUUUCAAUGAAGGACUGAAGAAUGAAGAAGCUCCCGAAGGAUCAUCCGUUUCUCUGCGUUGUGAGUUAAGCAAAGCAGCACCAGUGGAGUGGAAAGUAGGGUCCAAAGCGCUCAAACCAAGUGACAAAUAUCAAAUGAGACAGUCUGGCACAACUGCAGAGCUGGUCAUUCAUGACCUAGAUGUAAAAGAUGAUGGAGAUUACACCUGUGUGUGCGGUGACCAGAAGACAACAGCAACCUUAACAGUUCAUGCUCUGCCACCGCUCUUUAAGGAAGAGCUAAAGAACGAGAAAGCAGAAGAAGGUGGAGAAGUCACCCUGCACUGUGAGCUCACCAAGGCUGCACCAGUGGAGUGGCAGAAGGACCAGAGGAUUCUCAAACAGAGUGAGAAAUACAAAAUGAGUCAGGAAGGGACCAAGGCAGAGCUGGUGAUCCGUGGAAUAGUCGAGGAGGAUGCAGGAGACUACACCUGUGUGUGUGGAGAGCACCAGACUACAGCUGUCUUAGCGGUGCAGGCUGUGCCUCCAUUUUUCCAAGAAGAAAUGAGCAGCAAGGAAGCAGCAGAAGGUGGAAGAGUCACUUGGCACUGUGAGCUCAGCAAGGCACCUGCCCACAUUCAGUGGAAGAAAGGCCAUCACAUCCUCACCUCAGGCAACAAGUACAGCAUGAGGCAGGAAGGCUGUGUGGUGGAGCUGGUAGUUCAUGAUUUAGAAGUGAAUGAUACUGGAGAUUACACCUGUGUGUGUGGAGACAAGACCACCACAGCUACCUUAACAGUGCAUGCACUGCCUCCUGAAUUCAAACGAGUCCUGAAGGACCUAGAAGCUGAAGAAAGUGAGACAGCUACUCUGCACUGUGAGCUGACUAAACCUGCUGUGGUGCAAUGGAAGAAAGGGCAGGAGGUGCUCAAACCAAGCAGCAAAUAUAAGAUGAGUCAAGAUGGUGCUGUUGCAAAGCUGACCAUCCACGGGCUGGAUGUGGAGGACACUGGAGAUUACACCUGUGUGUGUGGAGAUCAGCAGACAACUGCCACUUUGACAGUCAAUGCCCUACCAGCACUUUUUAAACAAGAACUUCAGAACACUGAUGCAGAAGAAGGUGGUACAGCAACACUGAGGUGUGAGCUUACCAAACCCAACACUCCAGUAGAGUGGAGGAAAGGAGAUGUUACUCUAUACCCUGGUUUGAAAUAUGAGAUGAAGCAGCAGGGCUCCAGUGCUGAGCUGGUCAUCUAUGAUUUGGAAGUGGAUGAUUCAGGAAGGUACACCUGUGACUCUGGACACCAGCAGACAGCAGCUGUGGUAACCGUCCACGUGCUGCCUGUCACGUUUAAGCAACCCCUACAAAAUAAGGAGUGUGAGGAAGGAAGUACAGCUGCAUUCUGCUGUGAGCUGUCAAAACCCAAUGCUGCAGUGGAAUGGAGGAGAGGAGGAGUGGGGCUGCAGCCCAGCCAGAAAUAUGAAAUGAGGCAGAAGGAAUGCGUGGUAGAGCUCUUAAUACAUGAUCUCAGAUUAGAAGACACAGGAGAAUACAGCUGUGAUACUGGGGAUCAGGAAACCAAGGCAUCUUUACAUGUGAAAGCUCUGCCAGUUCUUUUCAAAAGGGAGCUCCAAGACAAGGAGGCAGAAGAAGGAGCUGUGGUGAAAUUCCAGUGUGAGCUGACGAAGGACAAUGCGACAGUGGAGUGGAGGAAAGGCACCAUGGAGCUCUUCCCAUGCGCCAAAUAUGAGAUUAAACUAAGUGAUGGCACAGCUGAGCUUGUGAUUCAUAAUGUAGAGCCCGAAGAUGCCUCUGAUUACACAUGUGAUACAGGAGACCAGCAGAGCACAGCAGUCCUCAGAGUGAAUGCCCUCAAACCCCAGCUGAAGAAGCAGCUGAAGGAUGAAGAAGUGGAAGUGGGAGGAACAGCCAGGCUGCGCUGUGAGAUUUCCAUCAGCAAAGCACAAGUGGAGUGGAGGAAAGACGGAGUCGUCCUUCGCUCCAGCUCCAAGUAUGAAAUGUGGCAGGAGGGCACGCUCCGCGAGCUGCGUGUGCACCACCUGGAGCCUGCUGAUGCUGGAGAGUAUUCCUGCAAGGCUGGAGAUGAGAUGAGCUCUGCAAAGCUGACCGUGAAAGAGCCUGAGGUGACCAUUGUGAGUGGCCUAAAGGACAUGGUGGUGUUUGAAGGGGACGAUGUCACGUUUCGGUGCCAGGUCUCUCAUGAAAACGCAAGGAAUGUCGAAUGGAAGCUGCAGGAUGUUGCUCUGCAAAACAAUGAAAUGAAUGAGAUCUCAGUGGAGAAAGGGAAGAUUCACACCCUGACCUUAAAGAAAGUGACUGAGCAGGACAUUGGCACCAUCACUUUCCAAGUAGGACCCCACAUCUCGACAGCAGAGCUCAAGGUAAAAGUGCCACCUCCAGUCUUUAAGGAGAAAUUACAGAGCACAGAGCUUCAGGAAGAAGAAACAGCCCUUCUCCGCUGCGAGCUGUCGCAGCCUCAUGCUGCAGUGCAGUGGAAGAAGGGCACUCAGGUGAUUGCCCCUAGCUCCAAGUAUGAAAUCAGGCAGGAGGGAACAAUCCAUACGUUAAAGAUUUAUCACUUAAAACCAGAAGACUCUGGCAAAUACACCUGUGAUAGUGGAAAUGAACAAACAACAGCCACUGUAACCGUCAAAGCUUUGCCAGUAAUCUUCACACAACCUCUCCAGAACCAGCAAGCUGAAGAGGGCGGCACCAUCACUUUGAGCUGUGAAAUCUCAAGAUGCAACGCGGCUGUGCAGUGGAAGAGGGCUGGGACAGUGCUGAGACCCAGUGACAAAUACAAGAUGCAUCAAGCUGGAUCUGUGGCUGAGCUGACGAUUCGCAACCUGAGCGAAGCUGACGCUGGGGAAUACACAUGUGACACAGGAGAGCAGCAAACCACUGCCACUGUGCUCGUGAAAGAACCAGCAGUAACCAUCGUGGAAAUGCUGAAGGAUGUCACAUCCAAUGAAGGAGAAGAUGCAGUGUUUGAAUGCAAACUGUCCCGGGAAACAACUCAGGAUGCCCAGUGGUUCCUGGGGGAUGUUCCCCUGCAAUCCAAUGAAAUGAAUGAGAUCAGAGUCCAAGGGACACGUCACAGCUUGAUCCUGAGGAAAGUGACACUAGAAGACACUGGGCCCAUCAGUUUCAAAGUCGGGCAGCACACCUCAGCAGCACAGCUGACAGUCCAAGUUGCUGCAGUGACCUUUGUAAAGACACUCCACAACCUGGAGCUGCAGGAGGGUGGCACAGCUCACUUGUCCUGUGAGGUGUCCAAGCCUGACGUCCGUGUGGAGUGGAAGAAAGGCACAUCUGUGAUCUCCUCCAGCCAGAAGUGCAGCAUCAAGCAGGAGGGGAAGGUGCACACGCUCACCAUUCACGACUUGAACCCUGCAGACUCAGGGGAGUACAGCUGCCACACAGCUCAUGGAAAGACCACUGCCAAGCUGGAGGUUAAAGCCCUGCCUGUGCUUUUCAAGCACUGGCUGAAGAACGAGGAGGUGGAGGAAGGGCGCACGGCCGUGCUGCGCUGCGAGCUGACGCGACCCAGCGCCCGCCUGGAGUGGAGGAAAGGGGACACAGUGCUGCAGCCCAGCGACAAGUACGAGAUCCGGCAAGAGGGGACACGUGCUGAGCUCUUCAUCUAUGAUGCUGAGGCUCAGGAUGCUGGGGAUUACACGUGUGACUCUGGGGACCAGCAGACCACUGCAUCGUUGCAAGUCAAAGUACUACCUGUGCUCUUUAAUGAAGAGCUGAAAAACGUAGAGACGAAAGAAGGGGAAACAGCUGUCUUGCACUGUGAGAUCUCCAAGCCAGAUGCCCCUGUUGAGUGGAGAAAAGGAGGGGUGGUCAUUCAGCCCAGUGAUAAAUAUGAGAUGAAACAGAAAGGCAGCAUUGCUGAGCUGAUCAUCCAUGGAGUAGAACCCGAUGACUGUGGGGAUUAUACCUGUAGCACUGGAUACGAGAUCACCACAGGUUCUGUGUAUGUGCAAGAAGAAGCAGCAGUCAUAGUUUCUGGUUUAAAGGACACAGACGUCUUUGUGGGUGAGUCAGCCACGUUCACCUGCCAGCUCUCGCACCCGGGCGUGAAGAACGUGCAGUGGUGGCUCGAUGGAUCUCCCCUCCACAACAACUUUGUGACUGAAAUCUCUGAGCAGGACGGGAUCAUCCACACUUUAACCCUAAAUGACGUGGCGUGCCACGACUCAGGCACUGUCACCUUCAGAGCUGGGUCCCUUAUAUCUUCAGCUAAAUUAUUAGUCAAAGAUCCAACCAUUGAAGUGGUCAGUCCCAUGCAGGAUAUAACUGUUGAUGAAGAUGGCCCAGCAGAGUUCAUAUGCCAAUAUUCUAGGCCAGUUCACGCCAUCUGGAAGAAAAAUGAUCAGGAAAUACAUGCAGAUGGGCAGCGAGUGAUUAUCGAGCAGGACUGGAAUGUAAGCAUGCUAAAAAUUAAUCCUACGGUACCAGAAGACACUGGCAUCUAUUCUUGUGAAGCUGAAGGCAUUAAAGUGAUGGCUGCACUUGAUGUUCAAGCCAAGAACAGCAUUGUCCAGGGCUUGGAGAAUGUGGAAGCCGUGGAAGGAGGGGAAGCCUUGUUUGAGUGUUACCUUUCCAAGCCCGAGUGCUACAACUACAACUGGCUGAUUGAUGAUGAGCCUGCCAAAACCACAGAAAACACUGAGAUGGUUUACUUUGAAAACGGGCUGAGGCAUCUUCUGCUGCUGAAGAACCUGACUCCCCAAGACAGCUGCAGGGUGACAUUUAUGUGCAGUGAUGCAGUGACCUCAGCCUUCCUGACAGUGAAAGGAUGGCGCCUACAGAUCUUGCAGCCCCUCACAGAUGUGGAAGUCUCUCCAGGGCAGAAAGCUACAUUUAGCUGUGUUCUAAGUGAAGCUGUGCCAAUUAAUGAAGUUGCCUGGUAUAAUAAUGACAUAGAGAUCCAGGCAGGUGAAGACUGGGAAGUGGAAGCAGAUGGAAACAAAUACAAACUUAUUCUGAAAAGUGCCAAACUACAUCAUUCUGGAGAGGUGACUUUUGCUUCCAGGGAAGCAAUUGCAUCAGCCAAGCUGUCUGUGAUAGCCCACCCUGAUCCACCCGAAGAGCCAGAAGUUUUAAGUAAGAACAGUCGCUCUGUAACAUUGUCUUGGUACAAGCCGUUGAGCGACGGUGGUUGUGAGAUCCUAGGCUACAACGUGGAGAGGAAGAUCCCAGGCAUUGGCUGGCAGUCAUGCAGCAAGGGCAUUACUCCAAACACAGAGCUUGUGGUGGAUGAUCUCACCCCAGGUGAACCCUACAGAUUCCGUGUCUCGGCUGUAAACAAAGUUGGGGCCAGUGAGGCAGUGCACUUCCCUCAGACCGUGUGGCUAGAGCCUCCAGUUACAGUCACCCAUCCUUUGGUGGGAGGAUCAGUCUCAGAAGGUGAGGUGGCUCGCUUGGAGUGCAAAUUAUCAAGUGAAACCGAAGAGAGAGUGACGUGGUUCAAAGGAAAAGAGCAAAUACACGCUGGGGGGAGAUACGAGAUCCUCUCUGAUGGAAAAAAGCAGAUACUCAUCAUUCAUGCAUUUAAACCUGAAGAUCAGGACACAUACACCUGCAUGGUUUCUCCAGAAGUCAAAUCUGUUGCCAGUUUGUGCCUUGAAGUUCCAACAGCAUCAAUGCUCAAAGAGAUUGCCAGGGAAGCACCCGCUGCGAGGCAAGCAGAAGAGCUGCUGGAUGGCCGUGUGCAGCCCAGCUUGCCCCCUGAGGCUGCUCAGGAGGGAGAUCUUCACCUCCUGUGGGAAGCCCUGGCCAAGAAACGCCGGAUGAGCCGGGAGCCCACCUUGGAUUCCAUCAGUGAGGUGCCUGAAGAGGAUGAGAAGCUUCAGAAGUUGAGGAAGGAGGAAGCAGAGAUGUCUCACUAUUACUCAGAGGAGUACUCCACGUGUGAUGAGCUGGCUAGGACAGGAGAAGCAGAUUUCUCCUUCACAAGCUCAGAUGAUGAGUCUAGAGCUGGGACUCCCUCACUUGUAAACUACCUCAAGAAAGCUGGGAAGAAAAGUGUCAGUGUUACUAGCAAGGUUCAGUCCAUCUCCACAGACAAAUUAUGGAAGCAGUGGGAGAAAUCCCACGUGGAGACUGUUGUGGCUGCCCCAGCUGCUAAACCAGCCGAACCAGAGUUACCAGAUUUAGAUGAUCCUUCCAUGAACAAGGCUGCCGUGAAGAUCCAAGCUGCGUUCAAAGGCUACAAAGUCAGGAAAGAGAUCAAGCAGCAAGAGUGCCCAGUGUUUUCUGAGACUUUCAGAGAUUUCUCUGGCGAGCCUGGAAGCACUCUGCACCUUGAGUGUGUGGCCCACAGCAAAAGUGACAUGAAAGUCCGUUGGCUGAAAGAUGGGAAAGAGCUUUCAGACGGUCGCUACUAUCACAUAGACAAUUACAGUGAUGGGACCUGCUCGUUGAUUAUCACCGGCCUGGACAGGAAAGAUGCAGGUAAAUACACCUGUGAGGCAUCCAAUAAAUUUGGCAAGGUUUCACACAGUGCUAAGGUGGUUAUUGGCACUCAGGAACCUCAAGUUCUUCAUAAGGAGAAGCGGGUUAAGCAGAGCACCGACAGUGAGACAGAGAGCUCGUCCGGCAGCGAGCUGGAUGAUGCUUUCCGUAAAGCAGGAAGGAGACUCCACAGACUCUUCAGGGCCAAGAUCUCAACAGAGAUAUCUGAUGUGGAGGAAGAGCUCUUCGUCAGCGCAGACGAAGGGGACGUAGAGGUGGUCGACCAUCAGACCUAUCGUGAGGAUGACCAGUACAUCUACAUCAAGUUUGAAAUCAUGUCCGAGGCCAAAACCGCCGCGAGUCGCUUUGGAGAGAUGUUUGGUGCUCUGGGGAUCCCUGUGGAGAUUGACAUCUUGGAACAAGGCCCUAAAAAGAUUGAAUUGCGUAUUGGGAAAGCAACACCCCCCACCCAUGGGAAGUUUGUCCCACCAGCCAGACCCCCACCGCCUUUGCUGACUUCUGACACAGCUCCCAUGUUCCUGACUGAGCUCCAAAACCAGGAGGUACAGGAUGGAUACCCAGUCAGCUUCGACUGCAUUGUCGUUGGCAAACCUCUCCCCACGGUUCGCUGGUUCAAGGAUGGGAAAGCAAUUGAAGAAAAUGAUCACUACAUGAUCAAUGAGGACCAGGAAGGGUGUCACCAGCUGAUCAUCACAGCCGUGGUCCCCACUGACAUGGGGGUUUACCGUUGCCUUGCUGAAAACAACAUGGGAGUUGCUUCAACCAAGGCAGAGCUUCGAGUGGACUUGACCAGCACCGACUAUGAGACAGCGGCAGAUGCAACAGAGACAUCUUCUUACUACAGUGCCAAAGGAUACAUUUCAAGCCGAGAACAGGAGGAGUCUACCACUGAGGAGGAGCAACUGCCCCAGAUUUUUGAUGAGCUUCAUGAUAUUCAUGUGGCACCUGGAGCAUCACUGGCUAAAUUUCAUCUGAAGGUGAAAGGGUACCCACAGCCCCGGCUCUACUGGUUCAAGAACGGGCAGCCGCUGAAGGCCUCCGACCGCAUCCUGAAGACUGACAAGCAGGAGUUCCACUCCCUGGAAAUCCGUGAUGUCACUGAGGCAGAUGCUGGCCAGUACUCCAUAUUUGUCAUCAACUCCGCUGGUUCUGCCUAUUCAUCGGCCAGGCUGGUAGUCAAAUAUCCUUAUGAGAAGGAGGAGCCAUCAGAAGCAGAUUCCCAUGAACAGCUGAUACCACCAAGAUUCCUAGAAAGGUUUACUAAUAAAAAGGUGAAAAAAGGUGCAAGCAUCACAUUAUCUGUAAAGGUUGAAGGACAUCCACCACCAACUAUCACUUGGCUGAAAGAACAGCCUCAGGAAGACAUCCUGUGGAUCAAACCAGACACUCCUGGGUACAAACUUGCCAGUUCCAAUAUGCAUCACAGUCUAAUCUUGUUGGAUGUUAAAAAGAAGUGCAGUGGAGCUUAUACUUGCAUUGCUACCAACAAGGCUGGCCAGUCCAUCUGCACCGCCAUGCUGGAAGUCACAGAUGUGAAGGAGGCUGAAGUUCUGACCCAGGAGCGUGUGAUGGUGUCAGAAGCCAUCAUGACCACACUGGGAGCUAUUCAUCCCUCUGAAACAAAAGAAGGAGACCUUGAAGGUGUGCCCAAAAGCCCUAUUUCACUAGCUGAUGUUGGCUCAGAAGAGUUCUUCCAGAAGCUCACCUCACGUAUCUCAGAAAUGGUGUCUGCAAAAAUAAGUCAGGCCACACUUCGAGUGCCAGGUGCAGAAAGUGACGAUGAAUCAAAAACACCUUCUGCCUCUCCUCGCCACGGACGCUCCAGACCUUCAUCCAUUGCCCAGGAGUCCUCCUCUGAGUCUGAAGAUGGGGAUUCCAGAGGAGAGAUCUUUGAUGUCUACAUGGUCACAGCUGACUACGUGCCUGCUGCUCCUGACAGGGAGACCAUCACUUUGAAAGAAGGCCAAUAUGUGGAAGUCCUUGAUUCAGCACACCCUCUGAAAUGGCUGGUCAGGACUAAGCCCACAAAAUCAAGCCCCUCUCGGCAGGGCUGGGUGUCUCCAGCUUACCUGGACAAGAAGUUAAAGCUGUCACCAGAGUGGGGAACAACCGAAGCUCCUGAGUUCCCUGGAGUGUUUGUUUCUGAAGAUGAAUAUAAAAGGAAGCUAAGUGUUCUUAUUCAAGAGCUGUUGAUUUCAGAAGAGGAUUACAUUCAAGAUCUACAGUUCCUCCAGACUCACCAUCUUAAGUACACUGAGACCUGUGCCAGUGUCCCUGGAGCUGUUGCCACUCAGAAAUCCACCAUCUUCAGAAAUAUUGAUGACAUUGCUCGCUUCCAUUCCAGUGCCUUCCUCCGAGGCUUGCAGCAGUGUGACACUGACGAUGACGUGGCCAUGUGCUUUAUCAAGCACAAAGUAGAGUUUAAUAAGUACAUCCAGUACCUGGUGGGGAGGAUACAGGCUGAGUCAAUUGUUGUCAGCAAAGCUGUCCAGGAUUUCUACAAGAGAUACACAGAUGAAAUUUUAAUGAAUGAAGAUCCCUCACAGCCACUUAUCCCACCACUGCAGCACUACCUGGAGAAACCCAUCAACAGGAUCCAGCAGUACCAGACUAUCAUCAAGGAAUUAAUCCGAAACAAAGCAAGAAACAGCCAGAACUGCACGUUGCUGGAGCAGGCGUACGCCGUUGUGUCUGCGCUCACCCGCAGAGCAGAAAACGACCUCCACGUCUCCCUCAUUGAGAACUAUCCAGGGACCUUGGAAAGCCUUGGGGAACCCAUCCGACAGGGCAACUUCAUUGUGUGGGAAGGAGCUCCAGGAGCUAGAAUGGCAUGGAAAGGACACAAAAGACACGUCUUCCUCUUCAAAAACUAUAUUGUGAUCUGCAAACCAAAGCGAGACACAAAGACAGACACUUACAGUUACGUCUUCAAGAACAUCAUGAAGCUGAAUAACAUAGAUGUGAACGACCUUGUGGAAGGGGAUGACAGGGCAUUUGAGAUCUGGCACGAGAGGGAAGACUUGGUCCGCAAGUACCUCCUCCAGGCACGGACGGUGAACAUCAAGAACUCCUGGGUGAAGGACAUCUGUGGCAUCCAGCAGCGGAUCAGCGAGCCUGUCUGGAUACCUCCAGACUUUGAGGAAGAACUGGCAGACUGUACAGCUGAGCUGGGAGAGACAGUCAAGCUGGCUUGCAAAGUUACAGGAGCUCCCAAGCCAUCUGUCAGCUGGUACAAAGAUGGAAAGCCUGUGGAGGUGGAUCCCCACCACAUUAUCAUAGAAGAUCCCGAUGGUUCCUGCACGUUGAUCUUGGACAACCUGACGGGUGUUGACUCGGGACAGUACAUGUGCUUUGCUUCCAGUCCUGCUGGAAAUGCCAGCACCUUAGGAAAGAUCCUUGUUCAAGUGCCCCCACGGUUCGUGAGCAAGGUCAGAAACGCCUAUCUUGUUGAAGGGGAAGAUGCUCAGUUUACUUGUACUAUCGAAGGAGCACCCAGGCCUCAAAUCAGGUGGUACAAAGAUGGUGUGCUGCUGAAGGACACAAGUAAAUACCAGACUUUCAGUGAACCACGGAGUGGCAUAAUAGUCCUGGUGAUCAAGAACCCUUCCAAUGAAGAUAUGGGACACUACGAAUGUGAGCUGGUGAACAGAUUAGGGUCUGCAAAAAGUGGAGCAGAGCUUUACCAUCACAGUGCUGCAGCCCUGACCCAGGAGAGGAGAGGAGACCAAGCCAUUACCAUAGAAGGAAUGACUUCCCCACAGUCAGAGAUGGAGACUACUGUCCAGGCCUCACUUCAGCGUGCUGAUAAGGAGAUCAAGACAGCCCUAAAGAAACUCAUGGACUCAGCAUCACUGCUGGUGACUCUUCCCCCGGGCAUGAGAGGAGGAGCUGAAACAGCAGCUGAGCCUUCUGUGAUAGUUCAAGAAGCCAGUACCCAAACCCAGGCUGCUGGUAGGUUUGUCAAAGCCCAAAGGCAGAUUCCAGAGGAAGAACAGAGUGUGCCAAAGCCCAGCCCUGCUCCUUCCCACGAAGAGGCAGCUUCAGGAGACGAAAGCACUCAGGAGCGCACUGUUCCUAUCACCAGGUAAAUACCCAGCUCAAUAUCACCGGGAGAUUGGUACAGAAAAGAAGGAGAUGUGGUCUGGGAUGUCCACAGCGAAGUCUACAUUGAGACCACAGAAAGAACUUGUGUGUAUAAGACCGAGGAAAAGACCCCAACAAGUCCUCCCUAUAUGCAAGUGACAAUAGAGGAUGUGCAGGUGAAUUCUGGGGAGUGUGCCAAAUUUCAAGCAGUCAUUGAAGGAACCCCUCAGCCUACUGUGUUGUGGUUUAAGGGUACUUCAUUGCUGACAGACAGCAACAGGCUCCAUCAAGGGAAGGAAGGAACAACAUAUUUCUUAGUUGUGGACCAUGCUGUCUCAGAAGAUGGUGGUGUUUAUACCUGUGUUGCCAAAAAUGCAGGAGGGGAGGUUUUGUGCAAAGCAGAGCUUGUUGUGCAUGAAGCUAAGAAAGACCAAGAAGCAAAGAAAGUGGCCACCAGGAGAAAGCUCCAUUCCAUUUAUGAAGUGAAGCAGGAGAUUGGAAGGGGCUGCUUCAGCUUUGUGAAACGGGUUGUACACAAAGGGAACAGAGUGUCUUGUGCUGCCAAGUUCAUACCUCUGCGAAGCAAAAGGAAGGCUCGAGCGCAUCAAGAGAGGGAUAUUCUUGCCUCUCUGUCCCACGACAGGAUCACCAGGCUCCUGGAUCAGUUUGAAACAAGGAAAACACUGAUUUUGAUUCUGGAGUUAUGCUCCAACGAGGAGCUCCUUGACCGUUUAUUCAAGAAGAGUGUUGUCACUGAGGCUGAGGUUAAAGUGUAUAUCAAGCAAAUAUUGGAAGGAAUCAAAUAUCUUCAUGACAACAAGGUCCUUCAUUUGGAUAUUAAGCCACUGAAUAUCCUCAUGGUUUAUCCUGAAAGGGAAGACCUUAAGCUCUGUGACUUUGGAUUUGCUCAGAAGAUCACACCCCGUGAACCUCAGUUCAGCAAAUAUGGGUCUCCGGAGUUCGUUGCCCCAGAAAUCGUUUCUCAGUCACCGGUGUCAAAAGCAACUGAUAUCUGGGCUGUUGGGGUCAUCACAUAUUUAAGCCUAACAUGCAAGUCUCCAUUUGCUGGGGAGAACGACAGAGGAACCCUCCUAAAUAUCCAGAACGGGGAGAUUUCAUGGACCAUCCCUGACUUUGUUCACUUGAGUGAAGAUGCAAAGGAUUUUAUAAAAGGGAUCCUCCAGCAGCACCCUGAAGCCAGGCCUAGUGCUUUGGACUGUCUUUCUCACAGAUGGUUCAUGCACAACCUCCCCCUCGAAGCAGCUCAUUUCAUUAACACCAAGCAGCUCAAAUUCAUUGUGGCUCGGAGCAAGUGGCAGCGGUCUCUGAUGUGCUACAAAUCCAUCCUGGUGAUGCGGUCUAUCCCAGAAAUCCUAGAAAGGACUCAUGACAACACCUCCCUGGCCAUCUCCAGACAUCUUAUUGAAGAGAGUACUUCAUCCAGUACCAGUGGCUCCUCUUCAGACAACGAGAACUCGCAUUUCCCCAAGAAGAGGCACUUUGGCUCUACACCCGAACUGCACUUGUCCGUGUUUGAUGCACCGAGUCACCAGGAGCCUCCAAAACAUGCCCAAGAGAAGCUCUCCAAACCCUCAGUCCCUCCAGUAAAACCCACGAGGAGGAAGUAUGCUUCAAUGAAAGCUGAGGUGGGGGGCAAAUCACCUACAGAAAGCAAAGAGCUCAUCUUCAAGGAGAAAGAGGAGAGGCUCCAUCCCAGGCUUGGAGAUGAAAGAGCAGAGCAGUCACAGACAAGCAGUGCUGCUGAGCCUCCGUUGGCUUCCACAGAAAGCACAUCACAUCUGGGUCAGGAAGAAGAGCCAGAUGUCUCUGAUAAGGACAGAGUCGAAAAGGCUGGGGAUGGGACAGAAAAGCCUGUCUUUGUUCCUAGGCAGAGUGUCAUUAAAAGCACUUUCUACAACCAAGCAGCUGAGCUACCUGCAAGGGCCCCUUCCUCACCAGGCAGGGAGUUCAGAAGGCACUUGGACAGAGCCAGAAGGACCUUCAGGAAAGCUGGAUAUUCAAAGGUGCCCCUCAGUGGUCUCAGGGAACCCCUUCUAGAGCAGUUUGAACUGGAAGAAGAAGAAGGGAAGCCUGAUGAUGGAGAUGGUCACAGGGAAAGCCUGCUUGGUUCCUUGACCAAGUCAGCUUCAUUUGACACCGCGAGGAAACCGCCCCAUCCUGCCAUUGCCGGCUCUAGCCGAAGCCGUUCCCUCGACGACUACAGGCUGAGAGCGUCGAGGUCACUGAGGGAACAAGACAUCUUGGAAGAAGACUGUGAUGUACUGUCACAGGAAAGUUGUCCUGAAGGCAGUGAGCACUGCGACGUUUCUGCGGGGCCGGGCAAGGGAUGUUCCGUAGACACUUCAAAGCAAGAGGACUUGAGGAGAACCAGCAAGGAUUGUUCAGAAGAGCAGCCUCUUCCUUCCACACAAUGUGAGGAUAAUGGGUGCCCAGAUGCUUUCAUGCACCAGCUAGAGAGACUCCCAGUGUCAUCUCACAGGAGUGAGAAUAGGAAGCAUCUACUGAAGAAGUCAAAAGCUACUGACGUUGAGGAGGAAGCUGAAGGUUUGGAAGGCAAAAGCCCCUUUCUAACUGCUCAGGGCUCAGAUGUAACUGCAUCAACAGCUCAAAAACAUGAAAGCACCGAGGCUAAAUCUUCUUCUGGCAGUGCUUUUCAGGAGGGCAGACAGUCCACUUCAACCCUCACACAGUCAGAGAGCACCUCCGAGUCAUCCCCUACGGGUAAGGGAGGUGUGUGUCUGCCCCAGGAGUCUGCUCACAGUACUGACACUCAUCUGGAUCUAAAAGGUGGAAGCUUGCUUAUCAAAAGGACAGCCCCAGUUCCACCUUGGAAAGACAAAAGGCAGAAACAUUCACCUGAGAAGACUUCUGCUCACAGCAUUGCCAAAUCUGACCUCAUGGAGCAUGAAAGCUCUGCUGAUUUAACAGGCCCACAAACAGAAACCAAUUCACUUCCAGGACGUAGAGACAAAAGUCAGGAACUUCCUGGUCAAAGUGUUCCAGCAACUACUGUGUUGGUGGGCAAACAGCCAGGUACCUUAACUGCUCUGCACACAACUGAUGGAGGUGCUCAUCAGAAGCUGAAGGCUGAUGAAGAAGUGAGAUCUGCUGUCCUGGAGGAUGAAGGACUGGGUGUUACAGGAACCACUUCACCAUCAGCCCAUGAUGGUGGAAGCCAAGCACACAAGAGGGCUCCUGUUCACAAGGACACUGCAUCAGCCAUCCUGAAGGGAGAGCACCUCGUACCAAAAGUCCCACCACCAAAAUCAACGCUGCCUACGGUCUCUGAUGGAGCAUGGCAGGCUGAAGGGAAACAGCCAGCUCCCAGCAAGGAGAGGCUUGCUGCUCCAAGGAGUGAAAGCUCAGCUGUCACAGAGGUUCUUCCCAGCUUGGCCCAUGAGGCUGAAAUCAAGGGAGUUGAACCCCAGAAGUCUCCUAAAGGCAGUGGCAUAGUACCUGCUGUUCUGGAGAGCAGACACCCAGCUAGAACUGUGUCCUCCCAAAAUACUGGCAUGUCUUUGGUCUGUGAGAGUGGAAAGCAAGAGCAUCCAAAGGCAUCACUUCGCAGUGGGGUGAGCCCUGUUGUGUCAGCACGUGGAAGCCCAGCAGCUGGCCAGACCAUGCCUGCUUCUUUGCCCAGGGCUGGACGUCAGGUGUCUGAGCAGCACAGGGCUGCCCAUCCCAGUGGCAGAGCUUCUGCUGAUCUGGAGGAUGGGUCCACAGGUGUCUUAAGUACUUCACAACCAGAAGUUGCUCCAGUUUCAGCCUAUGAGCUGCUAUAUGAGGACUAUCCAGAGGCUUACGAUGAGAGCAGAGAGGUUGCCUUAGAGAGCGGAAGCUGUGAGGCUGGAAGAACCAUCCCAUCAUCAGCCCACAGGGAUCAAAGUCAGGAGCUCUCACAUCAUAGGUCUUCUUUUUACAGUGAUAGGGAGUCUGCUGUGCUGGAGGACUUAGUGGAUGAGAUGGUCUCCCUUUCUGAAGAGAUGAAUGUUUGGGCAGAGUCCGUUUCUGGUGAGGAGGAACGCAGAAAGCACAUCUCUCCUCCUACAGAAGUGUCCUACAAAGGCUCAGGUAGCCAAGCACCCACAGAUACCUCCUUCCCUUCUGUACAAAGGGGUCAAAGAGGAGAAGUCUCUGAGCUGGAUGACCUUGCAGAACCCUAUCUUGUUGUGAGUGAGGAGUCAGUGGAACUGGGAGGGCAGAGAGCCCAGACAGCUCCUCAUGAAUGUGAGCAUCUGGAGGACUUGGCGUUUGAGAGCCCCACUUCCAGCCAAGUAAGUGUUUCCUCGACAGAGAGCUUGGACACUGCAAAAAGACCCAGUCAAGUGCCAAUCAGCAAGGACACUGCUAAACACCCAGAAGUUUCUUUAGUGAAAAUCAAAGACCUGUCGGACGAAACGCCCAGUUUUGGCAGUGGAACUCCCAAAUUUGACAUAUCAGAGGUGGAGCCUGCCUACUUGAAUUUCUCUGACUUGUAUGACAUUGUCUAUUUUCCAUUUGAGUUUAUGAACUAUAAGAAGCCUUCACCCAAACCGACUGGCAGAAGGUUCAUCCCUUUUAGUGAAAGGGCAAGGUCACCUCCUGCGGGACAUCUGCGGAAGGAUAAGAGGCUCUGCAUCAGAGAAGAGGCAGAGGACAAGAACAGGAAGAACCACCUGGAAAUAUCUGAGGAUUCAAAGGCAACUAGCUUAUUAGCCAUGGGGAAAGGCUCAGAACUGUAUGUCUCCCCAAAGGACUCAAGUGGUAAGCAGAAAAGCUCUUUCUACAAGAAGGCAGGGCUCUUUAAACCAUAUACAAGGUCUCAUUCGCUGGAGCAGUCAAUGGAGCAGAGUCUGAAGAAGAAAGUAAAAGCUUCUGUGGCCCAUAUUUCAAGAAUCCUGAAAGGAAAGACAUCUCCCGAGCCAGAGGAAGAGGAAGAGUUUGGUGAGCUGGGAAGUGAGGCAGUAGAAAAAGAGCUGUUAACAGGGGCUGAAGGAUCUCUGAAGAGGAAAUCAGCACUCUCUUCCUUCAAGUUACCAAGCCUCAUGCCAAAGGAGAAAGCCCCUUUGUUCGUUGAUGAGCUCAUUGACCAGGCUGCUGCCGUGGGACAGUGCGUGACGCUGUCGUGCCGCACCGCAGCUCCCUCCUCCCUGCACAUCGACUGGUUCAGAGAUGGGAUGCCUGUCCACAGCAGCAGCCGGAUCCUCAUCUCAUCCACGCUCAAGAACUUCCAGCUGUUAACCAUUCUCUCUGUUAGUCCUGAUGAUUUUGGUAUUUACACCUGUGUGGCCACAAACUCCCUGGGCUCAGCAUCCACCUCUUGCAUCAUAAGAAAAGCAGAGGUUCCUCCCAGCCCUCCACCCCCUGACAUUGUGGAGGUCUAUGAGGAUGGAGUGCAGGUGGUCUGGAAACCUGUGGAAACCAACAUCCCCGUCCAUUACACUGUCCAGUGCAGGAGUGAAGAUGGGGAGUGGACAACUCUUGCUUCUGACAUCGCUGACUGCUGCUACUAUGCCAAAAACCUCUCCAAAGGGUUUAUCUACUGCUUCAGGAUUGCUUGCACCAGCAAAGCAGGAAUGGGCCCUUACAGCAACCCAUCCAGCAAAGUGAAAGUCGCUGGGAAGGAUCAAAUGGAGUUUCGUGCUGCUAUGGAAGAAGAGAGUGAAAUAAUCACCCCAUCUGAGCCCUUCCCAACCUACCAGACCUAUGCCUUCCAAACAGAGAUCAAAAGGGGACGCUUCAGCAUCGUCCGACAGUGCAGGGAAAAAGUAAGUGGCAAGACUUUAGCUGCUAAAAUUAUCCCUUACUGGCAAGAGGACAAGCAGACUGUGCUCCUGGAGUACCAAGUCCUGAGGAAGCUUCAUCACACAAACAUCGCUCAGCUGAAAGGAGCCUACGUCAGCCCACGGCACUUGGUGUUGAUCCAGGAGAUGUGUGUGGGACCAGAGCUGCUCCACUCAUUGGCAUUACGGACAUCAUACUCAGAAGUGGAGGUCCGAGAUUACCUGUGGCAGAUCCUCAGUGCCAUUGAGUACCUCCAUGCACACAGCAUCCUGCACUUGGAUCUCAGGUCCGAAAACAUGAUCAUCACUGAGCCCAACCUGCUGAAACUCCUGGAUUUUGGCAACGCACAGUUUUACACACAGGACAAAAUUAUUACCAUGGACAAGUGUAUGGACUAUGUUGAGACCAUGGCUCCAGAGCUGCUGACAGAGCAAGGAGCCCUCCCACAGACUGACAUCUGGUCCGUUGGAAUCACAGCCUUCAUCAUGUUGAGUGCCAACUACCCAGUCAGCUCUGACGUAGCCUGUGAGUUUCUGAGAACAACCAGGAAGGGUAAGGUGAAGCUGACGCGGUGCUACGCGGGUCUCUCCGGGGGAGCGGUGUCCUUUCUCCAGAGUACACUCUGUGCAAACCCCUGGGGCAGACCAUCAGCCUCAGAGUGCCUUCAGAGCCUGUGGCUCCAGGAGACAGGUUUGGACAACAGGCAGCAAGCUCUGGUUACCUUCCCCACCACCAAGCUGAGGAACUUCCUCACCGAACGGGAAAAGAAAAGGGGCCUGUUGUGCUCCAAGUACGGCCUCAUGAUUGCACAGUGACAUGGACACGGUGACAGAUGUGAAUCAGCUCCCUCUCCCCUUCUGUACUUAGUGUUUGGUCCCAAGUAGUCUUGCCAAGUUGCAGUGCAUCAGCUGAGCU